AUGGAUCCAUCUUCCAUCACUGGACCUCUAUGGGAAAUGAUCAAGUGUUGCUGUUGUUACCUCAACCAAGAAGCUGCUUAUAUCUACGACUUGGAAGAGAAUCUGCAAUCGCUGGAAGAAAAAUGGAAGAAGGUUAAAGGGAUGAAGAAAGAUGUGGAAGCAAUUCUCGAAGAAGAAGAAAAAGCAGGAGAAAAGCAAAGGUCUCACCAAGUGAGUGGGUGGCUGAAUAGAAUCGAGAGAACUCAAGAGGAAAUAGAAGAUAUUCGAGUUCGUAGAACUAAACCGAUUCAAAACAAAUGUCUAAGUGGAUGUUGUCCAAAGAAUUGCAUGUCAAGCUACAAGUUAGGAAAGGAUGUUGCCAAGACUCUAAAGAAUGUAGACGAACUAGAAACUGAAGGGGAAAGGUUUUGUAAGGCUUUUGAAAUUGCGCUCAAGCCCCUGCAUAAGUGGAAUGAGAUGCCUUCUGGUGAGACGGUGGGCUUAGAUUUAAUGUUUGAUAAGGUAUGGAAAAGUAUUGAAGAAAAAAAUGUUGGAAUCAUUGGCUUAUACGGGAUGGGCGGGGUAGGAAAGACUACCUUGCUGAAGAAAAUUAAUAAUGAACUUGGGAAGAGAUCAUCAGCCUUUUACAUUAUGUGGGUGGUGGCGUCCAGAAGUCCCAGCUUAGAUAGUAUUAUGGACAGCAUCAGAAAAUCGGUAGGGAUUGGAGAUGACCUUUGGACUCAUUGUAGCAACCAAGAUGAAAAAGUUGCAAAGAUUUACAAAAUCUUGAAGAAAAAAAAAUUUGUUUUGUUAUUGGAUGAUAUAUGGGUGAGCUUGGACUUGGAAAAAGUGGGAGUGCCACAUCCAAAGAAAACUAAUUUUCAGUCUAAAGUGUUAUUUACAACACGAUUUGAGGAUGUGUGCGCAAAAAUGGAAGCUCAAAAAAAAUUUGAAGUUAAAAUUCUAACAGAGAAAGAAGCGCUAGAGUUAUUUUGUAUGAAAGUUGGUGAGGAAACUUUAAAAUCUGACCCUAUCAUUCCAAAGCUAGCAGGGGAGAUGGCUAGAGAAUGUAAAGGGCUACCGCUUGCAUUAACUGUGGUAGGAAGGGCCAUGGCUGGUGUGAAAAGUGUGGAAACAUGGGAAGACUCAAAGAAUAACUUAAGAAGUUCCUCACGGACAGCUUCAGAUGUGGAGACAGAGGUGUUUUCUAUCCUCAAGUUUAGCUAUGAUCAACUAGACGAAACACACAGAGAGUGUUUCCUAUACUGUGCGUUAUACCCAGAGGAUUAUGAGAUUCAAGUGGACGAUCUCAUUGAGAAAUGGAUAGGGGAGGGAUUUCUUUAUAACAAUGGGAUGAGAAGUGUACAUGAAAUGCGUGACGAUGGCAUAUCCAUAAUUGACAACUUGAAGCUAUCAUGCUUAUUAGAGUAUGUUGAAGGUGAUAUCUUUAUGAAGCUCUCAAUUAAGAUGCAUGAUGUCAUUCGUGACAUGGCAUUAUGGAUAGCCCGAGAUCAAGAUAGAAACAAAAAGAAAGUUAUAGUACAAGAAGAUGCACGGGCAUUGUCUCAAGCUAAUGUUGAAAAUUGGGAAAUGGUUGAAAGGAUUGCCCUCAUGAAUAGUGCUAGACGUGCGAAUGAAUCGUGUAUACAAUUACAAGGCAUAACUUGGCCAAAUCUCAUAACAUUAAUACUGAAGUUUGAUGGCGGUGGUUUUGUCGCAGUAAAUGGAUUACAAAACAUCCAACAUGCCAGGCAAUUAAAAGUCUUGGAACUACGCAGAGUGAAAAAUGUACCUGCUGCAGAAAUAGGUGGCUUAGAUCUUUUGGAAUAUCUAUCAUUGGAAAUAUUCAAAUUAACGAAUGCAUCAGACUUUUGGAGAGAGCUGAAGAAUUUGAAAAAACUAAAGGUUCUUCACUUAUUUUUAAUUGCUGAUGAUGAUACUCCUUUAGGACUAAUAUCAAAUCUUCAUCAACUGAAGGUGUAUAGACUUGACACCCGUGUAACUGGCAUAGAUGAGGAAGAAGAGAAAACAUUUCAAGAGCUGGAGCAAUCAUCAAACUUAGGGGAAAUAUGGGUGCAAAUUAAAUCUGAGAGUAGCCUCAACGUACUAUUUAAAUCAGCCAAGUUACAGAGCUCCAUAUAUGGCCUUGAGAUUCUCCGUUUUCAAAUUAACAUGCCAUCAUUAGUGGCAACCAUGUCAAAAAUGAAGCACCUGCAGCGUCUUGUCUUGGAAUUUUUGCCUACUAAGAUGGAUCCUUCUAUUUAUGACACGUGUUGUCUAUCCAUGCUUCGAACUGUGGAAAUUUUAGAGGUCAAUACAAUACAUCAUUUGACAUGGUUGAAGUAUGCUCCGCUCCUUCAAGAACUUUCUGUUGGACAGUGCUCGUCAAUAGAAGAAGUGAUAAAGGGAGAAAUAUUAGAAGAUGAGAAAGAUACCAUAUUCCCUUCUCUUGUAGAGCUGACAUUAUUCAAAUUGCCAAAUCUUAGGAGAAUUCAUGAGAGAGUUCUGUCUUUCCCUUUCCUAAGAUCCAUUAUGGUGUACAACUGUAAGGAGCUGAAGAAGUUGCCUUUUGAUUCCAAUUCUGCCAAUGCUAAGUUGAGAGGUAUCGGGGGAUCUCAAGUCUGGUGGGACAACUUAGAGUGGGAUGACCCCGCUAUUAAAUCCACUUUCCAGUCUAAAUUUCGUCCUUCACCGUAUUGAAGACUACUUUUUCGGUAAAGAUUUAUUUGGUCAUGGUCUUUACUUCUUUUGCAUUUGGGACAUCGUAAUUUGAAUUAGCCUGGUGAUGAUGGAUUGUGAAUAUUAUAGAGCCCCAUCUUUGAUUUUAUUGGAUACUAUUGGAGUUGACUAGUUCUGGUUUUCCUAGUUUAGUUUGCAAAAGACUCAAUAUGGGAACAUUUCAAUUUGUAUGAACUGUAUCCUAUGGAUCAAUGUUGUUGUUUUCUUGGAUUUGCAUGGAUUAACUGCAAUGUAUGAAUACUGUUAUUAUUUUCUCUGAUCUUAAAUGUGGGAGCUUGUUAAGAGAUUUUUUUUUUAAUUUUAA